AGUUUCCGCGUGCACACACACCCUCCCUCUCACACACACACGGUACCGCCCCCACACUCGGUGCCCGUGCACAAGAACACCUGAGAAUAAAGAUGGAGCGACGCCGGCUGAGGAUGAGACAGUGGCUGGAGGAGCAGAUCAACUCUGGCUGUUACCCAGGGGUCACAUGGCUGGACAAGCUGGAGAAGGUUUUCCAGAUCCCGUGGAAGCACGCUGCUCGUCACGGAUGGAGUCUGGACCGGGAUGCAACACUGUUCCAGAGCUGGGCUGUACACACUGGACGAUAUCGACCUGGAAUAGACAAACCAGAUCCUAAGACAUGGAAAGCCAACUUCCGAUGUGCCCUCAAUUCUCUACCGGAUGUCGGUGAGCUUCGGGAGCUGAGCCGUAAAAGAGGCAGUGAUGCCUGCAGAGUUUACAAGAUGCUUCCCCGCUUUGAGCGUCAGCAUCCACACUCCAGGCGCCAGCGGGGGCAUCCAGCCAGCGAGGAGGUGUGUUCCCAGGCGGAGAGUUGGUCAUCAGUGUUCCGUGGUGAGACGGUGACCGGAGCAGAGCUUUGGCUGGGUGGAGACCACACACUGGGGUUCUGGGAACUGCUUGAGCAUGAGCGGGACCAUGUCUUUGAGACAGCAGACUACCAUGCCAAGGCUGAGCUGUGGGGCCAGAACAGAGGGUGGUCCCGGGCAAGUGCACCAUGGGAGCACUGGGACUGCGAUGUCACAGCUCCACCAUGUUGUGAAACUUUGCACCCGAACCACAUCCUGGACCAGGCUGACUCUUCCGCCAGCAUGUAGCCUCGCAGUGCUGGAGUGAUCUGUGUGUAGUUAAGAUCCUGUUCCCCGCCACGCUGAAGCUUGGUUUUCACAGCUCACAUGUUCAAACCGUCUCAAACGACAAUAAAAUUG